UGCCCCCUGCUGGAUGUUCAGCGAAGCCAGCGAAUAAAAAAAAAAAAGAAGGGGAAUCGAAUCAACCAAACAAAGCGAAAAAAAGAGCCGCUUCACCUUCGUCCUGUGCGAGGACUUCAGACAGGCGCGUAUCUGCGACCAGGACCUGAGCAAAGGUCCCGUAACCCGUCCGCACCGUGCGGCAAUAUCCCCCGGGGGAACAACGACAAAGGACAACCAAGAUGGUGAAGGCGAAAAAAUCGUGGCCGAAACGCGUCGCCACCAGCACGGAGCGGCACACCAGGACGGCGGCGGCGGCGGCAGGGGCUCUGGUGGAGUCUCCUAAACCCGCAGUGCAGGUCGUGGGGGGCUCCAAGAAGAGCAAAGCCAAAAAGGCUGCCAUCAAGAAACAGGUGGAGGAGGACACCAAGGAGGACGACGAGCGCUGCUCCCUGCUCGACCUGGGGGCGCAGAAGGAGCGGUGGCUCAGCUUCGUCCAACAGCAAAGUCUCAGCAAUGAAGAUGCGGCCAAACUUCUGCUGGACUCCUUUGAGUACAAAGGGCUGGUGAAGCACAGCGGAGGAUGUCACUGCGGAGCUGUUCGUUUUGAGGUUUGGGCAUCUGCUGACGUCCAUGUCUUUGACUGCAACUGCAGCAUUUGUGUAAAGAAGCAGAAUCGCCAUUUCAUUGUCCCUGCAUCACGCUUCAAGUUACUGAAGGGUGUAAAUAACCUCACCACCUACACCUUCAACACUAACAAAGCACAACAUAGAUUCUGCAAGACCUGCGGCGUCCAGAGUUUCUACGUACCUCGCUCAAACCCCGAUGGCUAUGGCAUUGCUCCACACUGCCUUGACGAAGGGACGGUGCGCAGUAUCCACGUGGAGCAGAUAAAUGGCAAAGAAUGGGAGAAAGCGAUGAAAGAGCACAAGACCAUUCGCAACAUGUCAAAGUCUUGAAAGCGUCCAGACAGUUGUUUUAUUCCUUGUCAUUUUUAGGUUUCCGUCCAUUACUAGUUUUAUACAUUACUGCCAUUGUGGCCUGUGUUCAAUUUAGUGAAUUAAAUCUUUUCUAUACAUUCAAUGACAUUUGUUUUUGCUUUUUUCAAAACAUGUAAAACCUGCUAAUUGUUAUAAAAAAAAAUAACAGUUCCCCCCUUAGAGCUCAUGCACACGGCCCUAGCCUGCUGGCCUUUUUUCUUUUU